AUGAAGGUUGUGCACGCUCUGCUCGGCCUGCUUGCUUUCUUCUUGGCCGUCUCUUCGGUCUGCGCCGCCACGUCUUCCGCUGACCGCAGUGUCGUCCCGAAGAACGGGCCUUUGGUUGCGGAGAUCAGCGGGUGCACGAUCGAGCUGGGCAUCGAGUGCUCGCAGAUCAUCGUGCAGUGCUACCUCGUGUGCAAGGAGUACAAGAGCGACCCGUCGGACUGCUUCAGCUGCCUCGGCAGCCAGAGGGCCACCUGCUGCCCGUGCCUCACGAAGACUUUCGGCAGCGGCUUCCCGUGCCAGUAG